UAAGGUGAGGGCAUGGAGGGGCAGGCUAUAUUUCCCUGCAUGUGUGCAAGUGCAGCAUUUGGCAGCACAGUUGAGGAGCACACACAAUGAAGGAAAGCAACAGAAUUCAACCUAAGAACGGGAAUGGAGUGUGCAACCAGGCGUUUGAAAUAGAGGAAGGCUGCAUAGGAGAUCCUGGCAGCAGCAAAAAGCAAGAGGAACAGUCUAGAAAAGGACUGGGCUCAUAUUUAAGCCAAAUUUCCAAGCCGAUUAACGCCACCGAGGAUUACCUGAAAGCUCACUCCGAAACCUUCAAGUACGCAGUCUUGGGCAUACUCGGAGCAGGGUAUGUGGCAUAUUUCAUCAUCGCCUGUGUUUUGGAUUUUCAGAGGGCCACAGCGCUGGUGGUCCUCACCUGCUUGGCAGUUACGUCCAAGUCCUACGACCUGGUGAAAAAGUACAAGGGGGAGAGUAUCAGUCGUUGUUUCCAACCUGCGCUGGAAUGCUUCACAUCUAAUUUAAGGUGGAUUAAAUGGGUCUUCAUCGUCAUUGUGGCGAUUCUGCUCAUACUGUGGUUGACGCUAGACACCAUAAAACGCCUUGAACAGCUUAUCUCCUUUGGUGGCAUGUGCAUGUUCAUCCUGCUCGUGUUCACCUGCUCAGCACACAGGACAGCGGUGACAUGGAGGCCAGUGUUUUGGGGUCUGGGCAUGCAGUUCUGCAUUGGACUUUUCGUCAUCAGGACACAACCUGGACUCAUCGCUUUCCAGUGGCUCGGACGACAAGUGCAGAUCUUCCUGGACUACACCAAAGAAGGCUCCUCGUUUGUUUUCGGAGAUUUGACCGAAGGCAUCUUUGCCUUUCAGGCUCUGCCAAUCGUUGUGUUCUUCAGCAGCGUGAUGUCGGUGCUUUACUUCCUGGGCAUCAUGCAAUGGCUCAUUCUAAAGAUCUCCUGGGUUAUGCAGAUAACAAUGGGAACCUCUCCCACAGAGACCUUGAGCGUAGCAGGCAAUAUAUUUGUCGGCCUGACAGAAGCGCCCCUGCUCAUUCGGCCCUACUUAAAGAACAUGACCAAGUCUGAGAUCCAUGCUGUCAUGACGGGAGGAUUUGCCACAAUUGCCGGCAGCGUCAUGGGCGCUUUCAUCUCAUUUGGGAUCGAUGCGUCCUCCUUGAUAUCAGCCUCAGUUAUGGCUGCUCCAUGUGCGUUGGCCAUAUCCAAGCUGUCUUACCCAGAGACAGAAGAGAGCCCCUUCAAGUCAGAGAAGAAUAUUGAAGUAUCUUGUGGAGAUGAGCAGAACAUCCUUGAGGCGGCCAGCAGUGGAGCUUCAGCAUCCAUAAGCCUGGUUGCCAACAUCGCAGCAAACCUCAUUGCCUUUCUCGCCAUCCUGGGCUUCAUUAACCAGGCUCUGAGAUGGCUGGGAGAGAUGGUGGGCUAUCCUGAUGUCACCUUUCAGUUAUUCUGCUCAUACAUCUUCAUGCCCGUGGCCUUCAUGAUGGGAGUCCCGUACGAGGAGAGCUUCACCAUAGCCGAGCUGAUCGGCACCAAGCUUUUCCUCAAUGAGUUUGUGGCCUACGAGAAGUUAUCCACGUUGAAGAGCAACAGACUCAAGGGGCUGGAUGCAGUUAUUGACGGGCAGAGACAAUGGGUUUCAGUGCGAUCAGAAAUAAUCACCACUUACGCUCUGUGUGGCUUUGCUAACUUCAGCUCCCUUGGCAUCAUGAUUGGCGGCCUGUCCUCUAUAUGCCCAUCUAGAAGAAGUGAUGUCUCAACUUUGGUGCUGCGUUCAAUGAUCACGGCCACAUGUGUGUCGCUUGUCAAUGCUUGCAUUGCAGGGAUUCUCUUUGUCCCUCCACUGGACUGUGUGAAUAUCUUCCGUGAGUCGGCCUUUAAUGGCACAGAAGCUAACUUGCAAACCUGCUGCAAUGACCUCUUCGCCAGCACCAUCAACAACGGGACGAUCUCAUUCAAAGGCUCGUGGAGCAUGGUCGUAAACGCCACCGUGUUUUUGUCCAAGUGCUGUCAGUGCUGUGGCCUUUCUCAAGACGCACUUUGUAUGUAGAGGAAGUAAACGCUCUCUCACCUUUUCCCUAUAGUUCAGUUGCACUUACCAUACAUGUAUGUCACAUGUAUUAAUGUAGAUUAGGCUGCUGAAAGACCUUUUUACUGGAGAACUACAGUAGGUCUGGAGGACUUUUUACCUGAUUCCUGUGAGAAUCCUGCGUGUGACUGAAGCAUUAAAGAUUGGGGGUCGAUAAAUUUAUCCGGGACUAUCUGCAGUGUGCUCAAACAACCACCAGGUAGCACCUGUGAGUAGGUAAUACCAGAACCACGUGUAUAGAGAGAGUAUGGCCAACUCGGUUUCAAAGUUGGUAGCAAACAUGGCGCCCUGUAGUCAUGUGAGGGACUUUUGACCAAUUAGAGAGGGUAUGGCCAGAGGAUCUCCUAAAUGAGUGGUCAAAAGCCCCUCACGUGAGUACAGGGCGCCAUGUUUGCCACCUACUUUCAACCCGUGUUGACCACACCCUCUCUGUACAUGGCUCUGGAUAAUACUGUAUCAUCUUUUGGACUUAUCAAGUCUUCACAUUGAGGAAACGCCAUUUUUCACGCAUUCUUCACACACGCUUUAAGUGAGGGAUGAGGCGAAAACUAAUCCAAACCCACUGUAAUAUGAGUAGCUUGUUUUAAAUAUUACAACUUUAUAACAACAAAUCAAACAAAUAUGUUUUUUAACGUUUUGAUUUAUAUUUUGGUGUAUCAUAUUGCUCUAGUUAAGGUAAAUGUGUAUCUGCCAUGUAUUAUAUUGUAAAUUGAAUAAGAAGUUGAAUUUCUUUAAGGCUGUGUUUAAAAAGGACUCCAAGAUGAAAUACCUCAGGGAACUUUUGAUGAAUGUACAUAUAAAUGAAUGUUUGGUCAUUUCACUUUGUUUAAAGAUGAUGAAAUGUAUAGUUGUACCUUGUGAAAAAAAAUAAACAAACAAACGACCUGAACGAAUCCUACUCAAAAACAAGGUUUGACAUUUUUAUUAAAAAUAGAAAAUACAUUAGUUUGACAUGGUGUAACAGACCAAACAUUAAAAAGGCACAUCUUUGUCCCUCACUUGCUUGCAUAUUUUUUAGUCCUUUUGAACAGCUUUUUUUUUUUACCAAACCCGUUUUGUAAAUUGCGUUUCAUAUUUAUUGCAUGGGGGUGAGGAUUGUUUUCCAAGCAACUCCAGUGGCUCAUUUGAGGAUUCCUAUUGAUUAUUAACCCCCAAUCUAUUCCACACAUUCCUGAUGACUGCUCUGAGUGGGAUUCGAAAACAAAACCCUUCCCGUCUUUGCAAAACACGUGCAAACUGGUGCCAGAGAUAAGAAAUGUUCAAGUGGAAGUAGUAUUGCGCUUACUGCUACUGCUGACGUACCUGAGGUGCUUAGCAUAGUCAGUCGA